AUGGGUCGCGUUCGUACCAAGACCGUCAAGAAGUCCGCCAAGGUUAUCAUUGAGCGGUACUAUCCCAAGCUGACGCUCGACUUCGAGACCAACAAGCGGGUGUGCGAUGAGAUCGCCAUCAUCGCGUCGAAGCGCCUGCGCAACAAGAUUGCCGGUUACACCACCCACCUGAUGAAGCGCAUUCAGCGUGGCCCCGUUCGCGGUAUCUCCUUCAAGCUGCAGGAGGAGGAGCGCGAGCGCAAGGAUCAAUACGUCCCCGAGGUGUCGGCCCUCGACUUCUCCGAGGCUGGCCAGCUCGACGUCGAUACCGAGACCAAGGACCUGCUCAAGCACCUUGGCUUCGACUCCAUCCCCGUUAAUGUCGUCCCGGUUACCCAGAACCCCGUCGUCGAGCGCGGUGGCCGGCGGUUCGGCGACCGU